AUGCCUCAGAUAGUCAGCGAUAUCGCCCAAGGGGACCCAACUAUGGACUUCCAGCCGCGCCCCAGACAGGCAAGGACUGUUCUGAAGCGCCCGUUUCCCACCUUGGCCUCCUUUGUUGGUGCCCGUCUCGUGCGCUCCCUAGAUCGCUAUUGCAUCAGGAACACCUGGAUCAUCGAGGAUUAG